AUGAUUGUGAACUUCGCCGGUGUUGCUGGUGGUCGAAGUUUUAGCGAGUCUAUGCACGUCAAGCAAACAUACGCAACCUGGAUAGCAGCAAGUUAUGGGCUCACACAGGGCACAUUCGUCCUCAUGAGCGGUCGGCUCGGCGACGUCUACGGACACCGUAGAAUGUUACUAGGCGGCGGCGCCUGGCUCGUCGUAUGCAGUUUCAUCAGCGCGUUCUGCCAUAGUAACUUCUUCGCCUUUGUCACGAUGCGCGCCCUCGCCGGUCUCGGAGGUGCCAGUAUCAUGCCAAAUGCAGUGGCCAUGAUAACUAUCACAAAUCCGCCGGGGCGUGUGAGGAAUCUGAGUUUGGGGUUCUUCGCAGCGUCCGCUCCUUUGGGAGGGUAUGCCUCUGCGCUUUUUCUCGGGGCGUUCAUGGAGCAUACCCAUUGGCGGUGGUUCUUUGUCUUCGUGGCGUGUCUUGGGGCGGUGAUAUUCAUUCCUCUCUGGCUUCUAAGCCGAACCGAAAUGACAUCUAGUCGAAAUGAGAGUAUCGACUGGAUAGGCGCCGCCUUGGGAACAAGCUCUUUGAUUCUAUUCAACUUUGUCUGGAACCAAGCACCAAGCGUAGGCUGGUCAACCCCCUACGAAAUUGGGCUCCUCAUCACCUCCCUCAUCCUUUUCGCCUUUUUUAUAGUCUGGGAACAUAAAACUCCACAUCCCAUGAUGCCUCCAGAGAUCUUCAAAGCACCCUCGUUUGCCGUCCUCGUCCUCGUCAUCCUCCUCAACUACAUGGCCGUCGGCACCGUCCUCUGGUACCAGCUCCUCUGGCUGCAAGACGUCUGGCACUGGUCAACCCUCCAAUUCGCCAUCGGCUGGACCCCCUUCGUUAUUUGCGGCACAGGCGCCGCCUGUCUCGCCGCAUGGCUGAUCCCCCGUUUAGCCGCACAGUGGAUCCUCGCCCUCGGAACCGUAACAAUCAUGGUCUCCACCGUGCUCAUGGCAACCGUCCGCCAGGAACAGACCUACUGGGCCCAAGUUUUCCCAUCUGUGAUCCUCUUCGCGUUCUGCCCGGAUCUCGUCUACGCCGCUGGGCAGAUCAUCGCCAGUAACUCGGUGCGCAGAAACCAGCAGGGCGUGGCCGGGUCCAUUAUCGGCACCCUGAACUUGUACGGGAAUAGUCUAGGGCUGGGCUUUGCGUCGACGGUUGAGGUGCAGAUUGCUGCGAAGACCGGAGAUGCGAUUCGUGGGUAUCGCGCGGCGUUGUACUUCGGGGUUGCAAUUAGUGCGGUGGCGCUUCUUCUGGAUGUUGCGUUUGUGAGAAGGGUCAAGGAUGAGCGCGAGGGGUGGGCCGAGGGAGAUCAAGAUGGAGAUACAGCGAUUGAGCUAGAGGUCAUGCGGGGUCAAGCUGUUACAGCUACGGGUGCUCAAGUCUCAUCCAGGCUUGAAUCGGGACAGGCCGUGUCCGUUGUCCAGCGAGUUGAUUGA